AGAGGCCAAAGCCCAGUCGCUUGCUGUCUGAAGCGGCAGCGAGCGGAGUUGGGCAAGAGGUUUCCGUCUCUGGGCUGCGGAAACUACUAUCAGAAAGCCAGCAAUCUAUCUUGGCAGCAGAUUAUUGAACGGCGGCAGUGAUCUGGGAAAGGCGGACGCUUUAUUCGCACCUGAAUACAUUUAUUUAAAACAUUUUCAUCGUAUUAAAGGAAAAGGCCUUCGGAGAUGGGCGACAAGGCGGGGACCAGAGUCUUCAAGAAGUCCAGCCCUAACUGCAAGCUCACCGUAUACUUGGGGAAGAGGGACUUUGUGGAUCAUCUAGAUCAAGUGGACCCUGUGGAUGGGGUACUCUUGAUCGAUCCAGAAUACCUUAAAGACAGAAAAGUGUUUGUGACCCUGACAUGUGCCUUCCGCUAUGGUCGUGAGGAUCUGGAUGUUUUGGGCCUGUCUUUCCGAAAAGAUCUUUUCAUUUCCAGUUUCCAGGCUUUUCCCCUUUUGCCCGAGGAACGUAAACCGCUCAGUCGUCUGCAAGAGAGACUGCUGAAGAAGCUCGGACAGAACGCUUACCCUUUCAACUUCACGAUUCCACAGAACCUUCCGUGCUCAGUCACUCUACAGCCAGGCCCAGAGGACACAGGAAAGGCAUGUGGUGUAGACUUUGAAGUCAGGGCAUUCUGCGCCAAAACUGUGGAUGAGAAGACUCACAAACGGAACUCUGUGCGGUUGGUCAUUCGGAAGGUGCAGUAUGCUCCAGAGAAGCCUGGUCCCCAGCCAAUGGUUGAGACCACACGCAGCUUCCUUAUGUCUGAUCGCUCGCUUCACCUUGAGGCCUCGCUAGAUAAAGAGCUGUACUACCAUGGUGAACCUAUCAGUGUGAACGUCCAUGUGACCAACAACUCCACCAAAACAGUCAAACGAGUUAAAAUUUCUGUGCGACAGUAUGCCGAUAUCUGUUUGUUCAGCACUGCACAAUACAAAUGUCCUGUGGCUCAGGUAGAGGCCGAUGACCAGGUGUCACCCAGCUCCACAUUCUGCAAGGUGUAUACACUCACACCCACGCUGACCAAUAACAGAGAGAAGAGAGGUCUUGCUCUGGAUGGACAGCUAAAGCAUGAAGACACCAACUUGGCUUCCAGUACCAUAGUGAAGGAUGUUUCCAAUAAGGAGGUCCUAGGAAUCCUGGUGUCCUACAGAGUUAAAGUGAAGCUAGUGGUGUCUCGUGGAGGUGAUGUAUCUGUGGAGUUGCCUUUUGUCCUGAUGCACCCCAAGCCCUCAGAACAGCCCAACUCUAGACCACAGUCAGCUGUGCCAGAGACAGACGUCCCUGUGGACGCCAACCUCAUAGAGUUUGAAACAAAUAACGUAUCACAGGAUGACGACUUUGUGUUUGAGGACUUUGCGAGGCUUAGGCUGAAGGGAAUGAAAGAUGAAGAGGACGACCACUUCUGCUAACCCCCCACACAUGCACAAACACAAACACACACACACAGUUACCAUGAAGAGCAACAGGAAGUGGAACAGGAUUUGAGGUUUCAACCUGCCCGUACUUUCAUUCCUCUGCUCCUCGGGGGCUUAUCUGAUGGAGUGGAGCGAUUACUGAUAUUUCCAACCCUUCUGUCUUCUUUUUCAUCUUUUCUUUCUUUCCUUUACUUUUGUGUCCCUUCCACACCAUUUUAUCAUCUGUGACGUGGUCUGUACAUUGACCUUGGUUUAUGCGGUCGUAUGAGCCACAUCACGUUGGCUUAUAUACGUGUAUGUUGGAUGGAAACAGAUGGAGAAAAGCCGAAGUAAAUUUAUAUGGGUCAUCUAGAUAUCAGUGUAUAAGAUUGCUGGUGGGCCAGGGGUCCAUUGAUUCAGGGGUGAAUUUUUAUUUCUUGUCAUUAUAUUCCCACUUAUAUAUCGAGUGGGUACUACUAGCUAUGUAAUGAAGAUAUAUAUAUAAAUAUAUAUAUAUUCCAUGUUAUUUCAUUGUACAGUACAUACACUGUUCACAAACACCAUAGGGAACUUGAGUUUGGUGUUAAUUUUAUUCCACGUACUUAGACCCGUAUCCAAUCCAUCCAUAUUUGCUAAUUGGCUUUUAGUUUGUAGUUUUGUCAACGUAUACAUAUCAUAAACAUUUUUAGUAACACUUUAUGUGCACUUGUAGUGCACGCAAUAUUCAAAUAAUUAAGGUUGCAGCGUUUUUAGCGGAAGAGUAGUCGGAAAAACGCAUCGAGACACCUGAUUUUAUAUUAUAAAUUUUAGCGUCUAUUUCACAUAUAGCUUGUAGAUACAAGAGGGCAGGACAGACUCUGAGAACUCAUUCAAAUGCCUGUUAUUUCUGUAUUCACAUGCCUAUAAUUUCUGUAUGUGCCACACAAAAUGGACCUUUUUCAUUAUUUGUGCCUGCCAAACCUGAUUUUUACCAAAAUGUGACCAUUUCUAAUGUUGCUUAUAAGCUUGGUUAAAAAUGACAUGCUCAUUUUAGUUCACAGAAACUAUCAAUGUAACCAUUGGACUGCCAGACAUAUUUUAAUGAUGGUUAUUUAAAGUCUCAUAACGCGUUUUCCAGGAAAUUUACUGCGAGGAUCAAGCUUUUUAUUUGAUAUUCUGCAUAGUUUACUACUGAACAGUGGCAAAAUGACGUGUUACGAUGUGUACAGGGAGGUAACAUUUUUCAGAGAACAAAAUGGAGCUCCCGUUGGAGGAAAAAAAUCUAUAUCUUAAAUAAAGGUUUUGUUUAAAGCACCCAAACUAUCAAGUCAAUGAGCAUACUUGCAUUAGAUGCUUUUUAAGUCUGCAAAACCACAAAUCCCAACAUCGGUAAUCUAAGAUUUUCAUGAAUGUUUUAAAUAAAAAAUGUAAUGAGCUAUGACUUUGGCUCAUAUGUUUAGAAACAUUACAACCCUGAGGGCUUCAGAGAACAUCAAAUUGUUGUUGUUGUUUUUUUUUUAGAAAAUCCAAUGUUUAUUUUUAUGAGAGCUAGAAAAGAACCUGCUGAAAAUAUAUAUGUGAUGUAUAUACUGUAGUUGUCUAUGAAUAUUGUCGUUAAUUGGUGUCUGACCAUCUGUUUGCAGUAAAGUUAGCUGUAAAAUCUG